UUUCAUUCAUCAUUCCAUUCCAUUAAGAAGUUCGAAAGCCAUAGAAAGAUGCCAUGAGAUUGCAAAAUUCCUGUAAAUUAAUUCUCCAUUCAGUGUGUUCAGAUGAGUUAUUUUAAACGAAAUAACUCCGCAAGGAGAUGCAAAAUGUGCUUACUGGUGACACCAAAGUGAGGAUCUUGCAUGAGGAAUCUGUCGAAAAUACUGUGCUUCAACGGUGAUAAUUUGGGCUACUAGAUAUGAAAGAUGCAUGGAAAACCUUCAAGUGCCAAAGUAUGAGUUCAUUUGGUUAAUCGCUGUAAAGAAAGGCAGAUAAAGCAUAAUCAAAACUUGGAGUAUUUCACAACUGCACAAGACUCAGAGGUUACUAGCUGGAGGACAAUCCAUGCUUUAUAGCUCAGACAUGAGGCUGAAAAAAAUAUUAUACAGCAAUAUGCAAACAACAACAAUGUUCAAAUGUGGCCACAAAGGGCAUCUGGAAUAAUUGUCUAUGUAGUUCAUGUUGUAAUGGACCUUAUUUAAGAUGUUAGAGUAUUCUAUCAGGACAAAAGUAUUUUGGGGCAAAUUAUUUAGAAAGUUUAUGUGUAAUUAAAAAUUAGGCAGCAUGACCUUAAUGACUCUCUAUAGGUUAUUUUUAACAAAGCAUACUUUUAAAUAUUUCCUUUGUAUACCUCAACAACUUUAUUUCUGAAAUAUCAUCAUGAUGUUUUCUUUUCAGAGAAGAAAACAAUACAAAUGAGAAACACAUGUAACUUAGUUCAUGUAUGUUCGGGUUUAUUAUUUCUAAAAUUCAGAAACCUUCAUGAUGCCAUCUUAUAAACAACCAUCAUUGUGUUCCAGGAGAUCAUUUUUUGUCUUGGUAUUUGUGCUAGUUUCACUAAUUUGUUUAAGUGUGUAUAUAUAUUGCAUAAAGGUGGCUAAAUAUUACCCUUUCAACCAAACACAAAUAGAUUCAUCAAUGGAAAUCAUAGAUACUAAAACAAUGUUAAACAUUUCUCUUUAUCAAUAUAUCAUCAAUGAACCAGAUAAAUGUAAAGAUCAGGUUCCAUUCUUUAUCUUCUUAAUAACCACUGUAGCAAAGCAAGUGGAACAAAGGCAAGUAAUUAGGAACACAUGGGCAAACAAGGCAAAUGGAAAUAGGACGGGGGUGACCAUUAUGCAUUUGUUUAUGUUGGGUUUUGACAAGGAUACAGAUUCAAAGUUUAUUUUAAAUGAAAGUCAGACAUACCAUGACAUUAUCCAAAAAGACUUUCAGGAGUCCUAUAACAACUUGACUAUCAAAACUGUAAUGGGAAUGGAAUGGAUUUCCAACUAUUGUCCCCAAUCAAAGUAUGUCAUGAAAACAGAUAGUGAUAUGUUUGUGAACACUGAAUAUUUGCUGGAAAUGCUCCAACAAAAUCUGCCUUCGAAAACAAAUUUCUUCACUGGUGCCGUUCUCAGAGGUUCUGUUCCUCGAAGAGCAAAAGAAAGCAAAUGGUAUGUGCCAUUUUCCAUCUACAAAGAAAACUACUAUCCCAACUAUUGUUCAGGAACUGGAUACGUGUUUUCAGGAGAUUUGGCUCCAAAAAUCUGGAGAUCAUCUUAUAAAAUAAAAUACCUGCAUCUAGAAGAUGUCUUUAUUGGACUUUGUCUUAGAAAAGAGGGUAUAGAUAUCACUUAUCCACCUACAAGUGGUUUGUUUAAUAUUUAUCAAGUUACAUUUUCCCCUUGUAGCUAUUACAAACUUGUUACAUCCCACGGCAUGCCUCCAAGUAAAAUACUUAAAAACUGGCAAGAUAUGCAAGAGCAUAAAGGGCAAUGUUCAAGAUGUGCUUAUAAAUUCUAGCCUUUCUACAUUUUCAAAUUUAGGUACAAUCAAGGUUAUGCAUUACACUGAAAAAUUCUUUAUCUCCACCAUAAUCAUAUCUAGUCUAUUUUUUGCCUCUGUUUAGCCAUUCAGAUUUAAUUAUUGAAAAUUAAGUCUAGUGAAUAAACCCACUGAGUGAUAGAGGAAGAGAUACAGUUCUGUCUACAAAAUACACACACAUGUACACUCCCCUGUGGAUGAGGCCUGACAGCCAAGAUGGCCAGAUGUGUUUUCUUGUUGCUUUUGGAUAUUUGGGCCUAAAACAAGCUUCACAAGUGGAUUCCUGCAAAUUAAGCGCUUAUGCACUACUCACAGUGGAUGCUGAAUCCCAUCACACCUAUCCAAUCAUGAUUUUGGGGCACUCUGCUACUUCUGUCUCACGUCCGAGCCUGAGGCCUACUACGAAAGGUGUGCCAGUGACUGGGAAAAUGGCCGAUUCCCUGGCCUUGGGCGCUGAUCCCGAAACUGACCGGCAACAGUCCUGUUACCUCCUCCCCUUUGGACCGGCGGGGGAUAUCUGGUUCCCACUGGGUCACUCAGACUCCUUACCUGACUACUCAGGGCUUCCUGCAUCCAGUGCUUGUGGCAUGACCAAGAUGGCCACCGUGACAGAGCCUCAACAGGGGCGAGUGGAUUUGGAGGGCCAGGACUGGAAGGCACAAUUUGAAGCCAGAUUUGAUGCACUCUGAAGUCAUUCUGGAACUGCAUUACAAACAGAUCAUUUCACCUCACUCUGCCUGCUACCUUUUUGCACUGUGAGGCAUGCUCAACCACUGAUGCUCUUUUUGGACUGGGAGCCAUCAUGGAGACAUUUCCACACCAAAGCCCACACACCUGUGUAGACACCCAGACCUCGGAGAUCCUGCGGGUCGAUGAUCCUGCCACCAGGAGUAGGGGGAUCUAUGGACACAAGGAAGGGGCUCCCAUCACGACCCGGAGCCCAGACUGCAGGAGCUUGUAGCAAUGCCGACUACUGCUAGGCAGCGACACAGCUGGUACCAUCCUGUGUCAAUAGGUGAAAGCAACAGGCCAGAAGUAAAGCUAGCC